UGCGCCCAAUGGCUGUGGUUCUCCUGCCGGCGCCCGCUGGGCUUUGCGAGGGCGUGGGGGGCCGCGUUCGGAGGGCGAGCUCUGCUUGGGGCGUGGAAAGCGGUACCCGUUUCCUCUCCGCGGUGGUGCCGGCGCCGCUGUCCCUUCUCUGAGAGUACAGAGUAUUUUAAUCUUAGGGGACCAAGAUGUCAGAUCCAAACAAAGAUGCCAUUUCAGCAGAGAAGGAGGCUCUGAAGUUGAAAUUGCCACCUAUUGUUUAUCCCCCAGAAAACCUAUAUGCUGUCACACCAGAACAGAGAAAGUUAUUAAAGUACAGAAGGUCCAAGGAGCAGCAGAAGACAAUUAAUGAGUUAGUAAUUGAUAAAGCCAAAAUAAAUCUAGACAGAACACUGCGUAAAAGAGUACCUCCAUUGCCAGAGCCGGAUUAUCCUUCAACUAUGACCAGUGACCUUAAAAAAAAAGGAUUGAACUAUAAUUACAUGAAGCGAUGUGUAGAAAGCAGCCCUAUAGUGCCUAUUCAGCAAGAAUGGCUGGAUCACAUGUUGAUGCUGAUCCCGGAGCAUUUAAAAGAAGGGAAAAAAAGAGAAGAGCUGCUCGGCUCGCUCAUAAGUGAGGUGUCAGGUGACUUCGAGAAAAGCAUGAAGAGAUGUUUGGUGCAGAGCGUUCUUGUGAAACCACCAGUUAAAUGGCUUGAAGAUGAAGGAGGCCCUUUACCUGAAUCCCCUGUAGGACUGGAUUAUUCCAAUCCUUGGCAUUCUAGCUAUGUACAGGCAAGAAAUCAAAUAUUGUCUAAUUUGCACAUUGUUCAUCCAACUAUGAAAAUGUUACUGGACAUUGGUUAUACAACAUUUACUGAUACAGUGGUGCUGGACUUCACUGGAAUUAGAGCUAAGGGCCCAAUUGAUUGUGAAACACUGAAAAAUGAUCUAACAAUCCAAGCUAAAAAGGCAGAAGAAAAGAUAAUGAACACAUGGUAUCCAAGGGUUAUAAAUCUCUUUACCAAGAAGGAAGCACUAGAAGGCAUUAAGCCUGAAAAAUUGGAUGCAUUUUAUAGCUGUGUUUCCACACUUAUGUCAAACCAGAUAAAAGAUAUCUUAAGGAGAACUGUAGAAGGAUUUGUAAAACUAUUUGAUCCAAAAGAUCAACAAAGGCUGCCAAUAUUUAAGAUGGAAUUGACAUUUGAUGAUGAUAAAAUGGAAUUUUAUCCCACCUUUCAAGAUUUGGAAGACAUUAUUUUAGGUUUGGUAGAGCGAAUCGCUGAAGUUUUGCAGAAUGUCCAAACAAUUCCUUCUUGGCUGUCGGGAAUUUCAACACCUGUCAAUCUUGAUACGGAGCUUCCAGAACAUGUGUUACAGUGGGCUCUUACUACCCUGAAGGCAGCAGUACAGCAGAAUUUAGAUGGUGCAAGGAAACAUUAUGAGACAUAUGUUGAAAAAUAUAAUUGGCUCCUUGAUGGGACUGCAGACAAGAUGAUAGAGGCUUUUCAGGCAGAAGAUCAUACUUUUGAUGAAUACACAGAGUUCAUAGAAAGAUUUUUCAGUCUUGCCUCAGAAAUAAUGCUUUUGCCUCAGUGGGUUCAUUACCCCAUGGUGCGUUUGGAUUGUGAAGAUUUGAAGACAGGCCUGACAAAUAAAGCAAAAGCCUUUGCAAACAUGUUAUUAAAUGACAUAGCUUCAAAAUAUAGAAAAGAAAAUGAAUGUAUUUGCAGUGAAUUUGAAGCAAUUAGAGAGCAUGCUUUAAAAAUACCUGAGACUACAGAAGAGAUGAUGGAUCUGAUAGCUUAUAUAGAAAAAGCACGGACUGUAAGGAUUCAAGAGUUGGCUUUGAGGAUCCAGGAAUCGAAGCGCCAGAUGAGCUACUUUUUAGAUACUUUUCUCUUUCCUCAAGAAGACUUAACUUUAAAUGCAAACGUUCUUCUGUGGCCUAAGAAGAUUAACCCCAUCUUCGAUGAAAAUGAUGAGCUCAUUGAGAAUGCUAAACGUAAAAAAGAAAAUGAACUAGUAGCCAAGAGAGAGAAACUGAUUUUGGAAGUAGAAAAAGAAUCACGUCAUAUGGAUGAAUUUACAGAAUUUGCAGAACUGGAACGCAUGCAACAGUAUGUGACAGAUGUACGACAACUACAAAAACGUAUCCAGGAAUCUGAAGAAGCUGUUCAAUUUAUCAAUAAAGAAGAGGAACUUUUCAAAUGGGAAUUAACAAAAUAUCCUGAACUGGAUAACUUAAAAAAUAACAUUGAACCAUAUCACAAGUUUUUUAAUCUUGUUUUGAAGUGGCAGCGAGCAGAAAAACGGUGGAUGGAUGGAGGGUUUUUGGAUCUCAAUGGGGAGAGCAUGGAAGCUGAUGUGGAUGAGUUUUCCCGAGAAAUUUUUAAGACACUGAAAUUUUUCCAAAUGAAGCAUAAAAAAGAAUUACAAGAAAAGAGAAAGGCAUUAAGAAAACGAUCUGUGACGGAAGAGAGACCUGAAGAAGAACCGAAAGAAAAUCCUACAAUUAUUAUGUGUGCUACAAUAAUGGAACAGAUAAAAGUUUUUAAGGAGUGUAUUCCUACCGUCUCCAUUCUGUGCAACCCAGGAAUGAGAGCUCGUCACUGGAAGCAGAUGUCAGAAAUUGUAGGCUAUGACUUGACUCCUGACUCUGGAACUACACUGAGAAAAGUUUUAAAGUUAAACCUUGCACCAUACCUGGAUAAGUUUGAAGUGAUAAGCGCAGGUGCAAGCAAGGAAUUUUCUUUAGAAAAAGCCAUGCAUGCAAUGAUAGGAACUUGGGAUGCUAUUUCUUUUCAUAUAAGCCUAUAUCGUGAUACUGGAGUCUAUAUUCUUUCUGCAGUAGAUGAGAUUCAAGCAAUCCUUGAUGAUCAAAUUAUAAAAACACAGACAAUGAGAGGCUCACCUUUUAUCAAACCAUUUGAAAAAGAGAUCAAGGCCUGGGAGGACCGUCUGAUCCGAAUACAGGAAACAAUAGAUGAGUGGUUAAAAGUGCAAGCUCAGUGGCUCUACUUAGAGCCCAUCUUUUGUUCUGAGGAUAUCAUGCAGCAGAUGCCAGAGGAAGGACGCCAGUUUCACACUGUAGACAGACACUGGAGGGAUAUCAUGAAGUUCUGUGCAAAAGAUCCAAAGGUUCUUGUUGCUACUUCUUUAACAGGCUUACUGGAAAAACUACAGACCUGCAAUGAACUUUUGGAGAAAAUUUUGAAAGGACUUAAUGCAUAUCUGGAAAAGAAACGUCUUUUCUUUCCUCGUUUUUUCUUCUUAUCCAAUGAUGAAAUGUUAGAAAUUUUGUCAGAAACCAAAGAUCCACUUAGAGUUCAGCCUCAUUUAAAAAAGUGCUUUGAGGGCAUUGCUAAGUUGGAGUUCCUUCCCAAUUUGGACAUUAAAGCCAUGUACAGCUCUGAAGGGGAGCGAGUAGAGCUGAUUGAACUUAUUUCCACGUCUGCAGCCCGAGGUGCUGUAGAAAAGUGGCUCAUUCAAGUGGAAGAUCUAAUGCUCCGAAGCAUUCACGAUGUGAUUGCAGCAGCCAGGCUGGCUUAUCCAGAAUCUGCAAGAAGAGACUGGGUUCGAGAGUGGCCUGGACAGGUUGUACUUUGUGUUUCUCAAAUGUUCUGGACUUCUGAGACACAAGAGGUUAUAAGUGAUGGAACAGAGGGAUUAAAGAAGUACUAUAAAGAACUCCAGUAUCAACUGAAUAAUAUUGUAGAGUUGGUAAGAGGAAAGCUGUCCAAACAGACCAGGAUCACCCUGGGAGCUUUAGUUACAAUUGAUGUCCAUGCUAGAGAUGUGGUCAUGGACAUGAUUGAAAAGGGUGUUUCGCAUGACACAGAUUUCCAGUGGCUUGCUCAGCUUCGCUAUUAUUGGGAAUAUGAGAAUGCUCGUGUUCAUAUCAUUAAUUGCAAUGUAAAAUAUGCUUAUGAAUAUCUUGGCAACUCCCCUCGACUUGUCAUUACUCCUCUAACUGACAGAUGCUACAGGACAUUGAUAGGUGCCUUCUACUUAAACCUUGGAGGUGCUCCAGAAGGGCCAGCAGGCACAGGAAAAACUGAAACUACAAAGGACUUGGCCAAAGCUCUUGCCGUGCAGUGUGUGGUGUUCAAUUGUUCAGAUGGGCUAGAUUAUCUAGCAAUGGGAAAGUUUUUUAAAGGAUUGGCUUCAUCUGGUGCAUGGGCCUGCUUUGAUGAAUUUAAUCGAAUUGAGCUGGAGGUGCUGUCCGUGGUAGCACAGCAGAUCCUUUGCAUCCAGAGAGCCAUUCAACAGAAGUUGGAAGUGUUUGUUUUUGAAGGGACAGAACUGAAGCUCAAUCCCAACUGCUUCGUAGCUAUUACCAUGAAUCCUGGCUAUGCAGGACGUUCUGAAUUACCAGACAACCUCAAGGUUCUUUUUAGAACAGUGGCUAUGAUGGUUCCGAACUACGCACUUAUAGCCGAAAUAUCUCUCUAUUCCUAUGGAUUUUUGAAUGCAAAACCUCUGUCUGUGAAGAUAGUAAUGACCUACAGGCUUUGCUCAGAGCAGCUGUCAUCACAGUUUCAUUAUGACUAUGGAAUGCGAGCAGUGAAAGCCGUCCUGGUGGCUGCUGGCAACCUAAAACUAAAAUAUCCCAAUGAAAAUGAGGAUAUACUGCUUCUUCGGUCAAUUAAAGAUGUAAAUGAACCAAAGUUUCUAUCACAUGACAUACCUUUAUUUAAUGGAAUAACUAGUGACCUAUUUCCUGGAGUCAGACUUCCUGAAGCUGACUACAAUGACUUUUUAAAAUGUGCCCAUGAAGCCUGCAACACACGAAAUCUGCAGCCUGUGAAAUUUUUUCUUGAAAAAAUGAUCCAGACCUAUGAAAUGAUGAUCGUUAGACAUGGUUUUAUGUUAGUAGGAGAGCCUUUUGCUGCCAAGACAAAAGUCAUGCAUGUGCUGGCUGACACUUUAACUCUUAUGAAUGAAUAUGGCUAUGGAGAGGAAGAGAAAGUCAUUUACAGGACUGUGAACCCCAAAUCAAUUACUAUGGGCCAGCUUUUCGGGCAGUUUGACCCAGUGUCUCAUGAGUGGACUGAUGGUAUCGUGGCAAAUACUUUUAGAGAAUUUGCCUUAUCAGAAACGCCUGACCGAAAAUGGGUUGUCUUUGAUGGUCCUAUAGACACUUUGUGGAUAGAGAGUAUGAACACAGUCCUGGAUGAUAAUAAAAAGCUUUGCCUUAUGAGUGGAGAAAUCAUUCAGAUGUCCCCUCAGAUGAGCCUGAUCUUUGAAGCAAUGGACCUUUCCCAAGCUUCACCUGCCACGGUAAGUCGUUGUGGCAUGAUUUAUUUGGAGCCCUCACAGCUAGGAUGGGAACCACUUGUGUCUUCAUGGUUGAAUUCACUGAAAGAACCUCUGUGUGAACCAGAACACCAAACUCUCCUGAGUGGGCUUUUUGACUGGCUGAUAACACCUGCUCUAAGGUUUCGUAAGAAACACUGCAAGGAACUGUUUCCUACAAGUAAUAGUAAUGUGGUUGUAUCUCUCACACGCCUUUUUGAAGUACUACUCUGUAACGUGGUAGAAAGUGAACCUACAAGCAAGCACAUUCAUGUUUGGAUUAUGGCUUGCUUUGUAUUCUCUUUAAUUUGGUCCGUUGGGGGAAGCUGUGAUACAGAUGGUCGUGUUGCUUUUGACACUUUCAUACGCUUAAUUACCAUGGGGAAAGAUGAAGAAAAUCCAGUACCAGCCUGUGUGGGUAAAUGGGAAUGCCCAUUUGAUGAAAAGGGCCUGGUCUAUGACUACAUGUAUGAGUUGAAAAACCGAGGUCGCUGGCUACAUUGGAAUGAGUUAAUCAAAAGUACUACUUUAGAAGAUAAACAUGUCAAUAUCCAAGAUAUCAUAGUCCCUACAAUGGAUACAAUUAGAUACACAUUUCUUAUGGAUUUAAGUAUUACCUCUGAGAAGCCACUGCUCUUUGUGGGUCCAACGGGUACGGGAAAAUCAGUGUAUGUGAAGGACAAGCUGAUGAAUCACUUGGAAAAGGACCAGUACUUUCCUUUUUAUAUUAACUUCUCUGCACGGACCAGUGCCAAUCAGGUUCAGAAUAUUAUUAUGGCCAGAUUGGAUAAAAGACGCAAAGGAGUUUUUGGACCACCUAUGGGCAAGAAGUGUGUAAUUUUUAUAGAUGAUAUGAAUAUGCCUGCAUUGGAGAAAUAUGGAGCUCAACCUCCCAUUGAAUUAUUACGACAGUUUUUUGACUGUGGACAUUGGUACGACCUUAAGGACACAAGCAAAAUCACACUGAUUGAUAUCCAGCUGAUUGCUGCGAUGGGCCCUCCAGGAGGUGGAAGAAACCCAGUCACGCCUCGUUUUAUUCGACAUUUCAACAUUUGCACUAUUAAUGCUUUUAGUGAUGAAACAAUGGUCCGAAUCUUCUCCUCCAUUGUGGCAUUUUACCUUAAGGUUCAUUUAUUUCCUCCAGAGUAUUUUUCAGUUGGGAACCAGAUAGUCAGUGGGACAAUGGAGAUAUAUAAACAAUCCAUGGAAAAUCUUUUACCCACUCCCACAAAAUCUCAUUAUACUUUCAACUUGCGUGAUUUUUCACGAGUUAUCCGGGGUUGUUUACUCAUCAAAAGAGAUGCUGUAGACAGCAAGCAAACUAUGAUCCGCCUAUUUGUGCAUGAGGUUCUCCGAGUGUUUUAUGAUCGCCUCAUUAAUGAUGAUGAUCGAAAAUGGCUCUUCAAAUUAAUUAAAACUGUUACAAAGGACCAUUUUAAGGAAUCAUUUGAUGGUGUCUUUUCACAUUUGAAGAAAGAGAAUAAAUCAAUAACUGAAGAAGACUUAAGAAAUCUCAUGUUUGGGGAUUAUAUGAAUCCUGACCUUGAAGGAGAUGAGAGAGUUUAUGUUGAAAUCACAAAUAUUUACCUCUUUAAUGACAUUGUAGAUCAGUGCUUAGAUGAAUAUAACCAAACUCACAAAACAAGAAUGAAUCUCGUCGUGUUCAGGUAUGUCUUGGAACAUUUAUCAAGAAUAUGUAGAAUUUUGAAGCAGUCUGGUGGAAAUGCUUUGCUUGUUGGACUUGGAGGAAGUGGCCGUCAAUCUUUAACUCGUCUGGCUACAUCCAUGGCCAAAAUGCAGAUUUUCCAGCCAGAAAUUUCUAAGAGCUAUGGCAUGAAUGAAUGGAGAGAUGAUAUGAAGGGUCUGUUGAAAAAUGUGGGUGUGCGAGGCCAGAAGACAGUCUUUCUCAUCACAGACACUCAGAUUAAAGAGGAAGCUUUUCUAGAAGAUAUUGACAGUGUGCUCAAUACUGGAGAAGUGCCUAACAUUUUUGCAGCAGAUGAAAAACAGGAAGUGAUGGAGGGUGUUCGCCCAGUAGCUCAGGCUGGCAAUAAGCAUGAUGAGCUCAGUCCUUUAGCUCUGUUUGCUUUCUUUGUGAAUCGCUGCAAAGAUAACCUUCAUGUUGUAGUGGCCUUUAGCCCCAUUGGAGAUGCCUUUCGAAAUCGGUUGAGACAGUUCCCAUCUCUCAUCAACUGCUGUACCAUUGACUGGUUUCAGCCAUGGCCUGAAGAUGCACUUGAACUUGUAGCAGUAAAAUUCUUAGAAACACUGGAGCUUACUGAGGUUGAACGACAAGAGGUCAUUCCAGUCUGUAAACACUUCCACACCUCCAUCAUGGAUCUUUCGGACAGGUUCUUGCAGGAGUUAGGACGGCAUAACUACGUUACUGCUACUUCUUACCUUGAACUUAUUGGCUCAUUUCGACAACUUUUGACUAAGAAGCGGCAAGCUAUCAUGGAAGCAAAGCAACGAUACGUAAAUGGACUUGACCAGUUAGCUUUUGCUGAGUCCCAGGUUGGUGAAAUGAAACUGGAGCUUAUUCAGUUACAGCCCAAACUGGAGGAAGCGAAAAUUGAAAAUGCAUAUAUGAUGCAGGUUAUUGAGCUUGAAUCUGCACAAGUAGAAGCAAAAAGAAAAUUUGUGAAAUUAGAUGAAGAAAUAGCCAGUGGAAAGGCAGAAGAAGCCCAAGCUCUGAAAAAUGAGUGUGAAAGUGACUUAGCUGAGGCAAUCCCAGCCCUGGAAGCAGCUCUGUCUGCAUUGGAUACACUUAAGCCUGCUGAUAUUACAAUUGUGAAAUCAAUGAAGAAUCCUCCAUCUGGUGUUAAGCUAGUUAUGGCUGCUAUUUGUGUCAUGAAAGAUAUAAAGCCAGAAAAAAUUUUAGAUCCUGCAGGAACUGGGGGCAAGGUAUUAGAUUACUGGGGACCUAGCAAAAAACUCCUGGGAGAUAUGAAUUUCCUAAGAGAUUUGAAAGACUAUGACAAGGACAACAUUCCAGUGGCUGUUAUGCAGAAGAUUCGUGGUGAAUACUUGACAAACCCUGAAUUUGAUCCCCGGAAGGUUGCUAAAGCCUCUUCUGCAGCCGAGGGUCUGUGUAAGUGGAUCAUGGCCAUGGAGGUGUAUGACAGAGUGGCAAAGGUUGUGGCUCCUAAGAAAGCCCGCUUAGCGGAAGCUCAGAAGUCUCUAGCUGAAACCAUGGAGCUUUUGAACGAGAAGAGAGCGGAGCUGGCGGAAGUAGAACAUCACUUGGAGAAUUUACAGAAGACAUUUCUUGAGAAAACGGAGGAGAAGGCUGCUUUAGAAGAUCAGGUGGAGCUCUGUGCUAAGAAACUUCAAAGGGCUUCGCAACUAAUUGGAGGACUGGGUGGAGAAAAAUCAAGGUGGGCCCAGGCUGCCGCUGACCUUCAGGUCACAUACAUAAACCUGACUGGCGACGUCUUGGUGUCAGCAGGAGUAAUCGCCUACCUUGGUGCUUUCACUUCUGGCUUCCGACAAAUGUGUACUAAAGACUGGAGCUUAUUGUGCAAGACCAGAAUUGGAAGAAGAACGAAAUGCUCUUAUUCUUCAGUCUGCAGCUAAUAAGAAGCAACUAAAAGACAUAGAGACAAGAAUUUUAGAAACAUUAUCAUCCUCAGAAGGGAACAUUUUAGAAGAUGAAAGUGCAAUU